AUGUGGAGAGCUGAGCAAGAGACUCUGCCAGACACACCGGAGCGACAGGAGCAUGUGUCGGCACCGAGGCAAGAUGCUGGCCCGAGAGCCGCUUUUGAGAGACGGGUGAACAGCGCUGUGGACAGGCGUCAGACCAGCGAAGGAACACAUGUGCAUGAGUCCGACACACCGCUGAGUCAGAUUCGUGCUCUAUGCAAGCCUCUAAGCCAAUGGAUGGACGCACGUAUCCGGUACUAUGGCAGAUCGGGCUCGGAGCUCUCCUGGCAAACCCCGCCACACCCCAUGGUGGCGACAGACAUGGACCAGGAGGAAGCCACUCUGUACGAGUACCUCCUUCACCACAAAAGGCCGGCCCCUGUCGGGGAGCCGCGCAUCACGGGGGAGAGACCAGCGAAGUCGCCAGCAUCACAAGCGGCCAAAAAAAAAGGCCGCGGCCGAGGGAGAAUGAGACCUCAGCACCACCAGCAAAAUCAAGGAUCGAGCGGUGGCUCAGGGUUGGAAGCAACAGUCAAGGCGUUGGCCAGGCUAACGCUUCGCCAGGGAGAUUAUAUAGCGCGUCUUCAAAGGGACCAUACUGUGCUGAUGACCUUCAGCGUAGAAGAGAACCCGGCGCACAUCAUACCGGUCCUCGCGGGGGUGGCCGAAAGAUGGAACCACCUGCGCCUCAACGAGCCGGGCAAGAUCAAUCGAACGCUACGACUACGACAUACACUUCUGAUCUUUCUCAUCGAUACGCUCCUGAAGCGGCUGGCAGACAAAGAAAGCCUUCAGAAUGCGGCCAAGCAAGGGUGGCUUGUGUCACCAUCGGCCCCGCAAGCGGAGACAGCCGCAGAUGCUCAGUGGGUGUACAUGAGGUGGAAGGAAAACAAGCUCCAGGCGGCCCCAGAGCUGGGUGCCGUGGGCAAGGAGCAAUUCAUCCGCGACUUGAAGGAGAUUCGAACCCUGCUGGUGGAACCAGGGCUGAUCCUGCGUUUUUCAGCGACCCGCCUGCUCACCGCGGAGAUGUCGGGACACUCAGUGACGCUGCUACUCGAACACGUCUUCGCCCGGCCGACUGGCAUGCUCCUCACGGCCCUGAAGGCCAUGGAAAAGGGCGCUGUCAUCUCACUGGUCAUACCCAGUGAUGCGGAGACGGAGACGGUUCAGGACUGCAUCGACAUGUGGUCAUCCGAUCCUGACAGAGGCAAGAACUGUCAGCGCAUUGCAUGCCGUCCACAAGCCACAAUCUCAGUGCUGGAUGCCAACUGGCGCUGGCUUCACAAUGGUCAGUACACGAACUGCUACAAGGAUGAUGACUGGGACGAGCUCUUGUGCCCCGACCCAGUCACGUGUGGAAGGAACUGUUACCUUGAGGGAAUCUCUGAGGACCAGUACCGUAAGACCUAUGGCAUCACGAAGCUCCGUGAUGGUGGCGUGCGGUUGAAUUUUGUCACGCGGACUGAGUACGGCUCAAACUUUGGGAGCCGAAUCUACCUGCUUGAUGACUCCGAUCAUUACAAGCUCUUCAAGUUGAAGAAUCGGGAGUUCUCUCUCACUGUGGAUAUGUUCUUCAUGCCCUGUGGGCUCAAUGGGGCUGUUUAUUUUGUGGAGAUGGACCAAGAUGGCGGAAUGUCUCGCAGCGGUGGGCUGAAUGGGGCAGGGGCAAAGUAUGGUACUGGCUACUGUGAUGCCCAGUGCCCGCACGAUAUCAAGUUCUUAGAGGGGAAGGCCAACGUGGUGGACUGGAAUGCAAGCCAUGAUCCUCCUAUUGGCCGAUGGGGAAGUUGCUGCGCCGAGAUGGAUAUCUGGGAGGCCAACAGCCGGGCUACUGCCUAUACCCCACACCCCUGCUCCAUCAGCGGUCCAUACAUCUGCGAUGGUCUUGACUGUGGUGACACGAGCAAGGGCCAGAGAUAUGACGGAGUCUGUGACAAGGAUGGCUGUGACUUCAACUCUUGGCGCCUCGGGGACCGUCAUUUUUAUGGUCGUGGUCAUAGGUUCGAAAUCAAUUCUCGAAAGCCGCUAACAGUAGUGACGCAGUUCAUCACCGAGGGGAGCACCGAUGAUGGAGAACUUAUUGACAUCCGACGAUUUUAUGUGCAAGACGGGCAGGUUAUCCCGAAUUCAAACAUAUCCAUUGCUGGGGUCUCUGGCAACUCCAUUAAUGAUGAAAUAUGUGCAGAGAUGAAAGCCGCGUUCAGUGAUGUCGAUGAUUUCAAUCGUAAAGGUGGACUGAAGACCAUGGGAGAGGCACUUGAUCGAGGCAUGGUGCUGGUGUUGUCUUUGUGGGAUGAUGCAGAGGCCAACAUGCUGUGGCUGGACUCAAGCUAUCCAACAAACCGCAACCCAUCAUCUCCUGGAGUGAGCCGGGGCCCCUGUCGGCCAGACACAGGAAGUCCUGCGUUCGUACGAGCUAAAUUUCCAAAUGCGCGUGUGGCAUUCAGCAAGAUCAAGUUUGGUUCGAUCGGCUCGACCUUCGGCACGGAGGAGGAGGAAGACGGACUUUGGGGCGACGAUAGAAGGCUCUGGGAGUUUGAUCGGGAGAACACGGGAGUCUUCUGGACCAGCAUGAGCUGGGCCACAUGGCGUACAACUCAGCGACUGGCCGAGAAGGUGGACCAUCUACUGAGCAACGUGGAAGAGGCAGUUGUUCAGCAUCAGGCAGCCCGUUUACAGCGCUGGUCUGAAAAUCAGCGGUCUGUCCUGGAGCGGGCUCUGAAGGUAGAGCAGGCAGUGGCAGCCAAGAAUGAGGCCAUUGCUUCGCAGGUGGUGGAAACCCUGCACUCGGAGGUUUCAGGCCAGCUUGAGGAGCGGCGGGGCCUGGCAAUCUCCCUGAAGCAGGCCAGGGAGGAUUGCGACGGCACCUUCUGCCACGAGCUCCGUGCUUUGGCAAAGGUCCGCGAAAAGAUGGCGCGAUGCUCAGCCAAGCCAAGUGAGGCAAGUGCAGUGCCUCAAGUGCCAAGCAAGAUUCCGAGCUUCCUGAGGGACGUGCGUUGGCUCACCGUGCUUCUGGUCGAGUUGGUGGUGCUCGAGUGGAAGACUUGCUUGAAUGACUGGACAACGGAUGCGGGCAAUGACUUGAUACUGUACAAAUGUAAGCCUGAAAUAGAAGCACAGACAAUUCCGCAAUGCCUUUGCGCGCAGAUUUGGGAGACAGGGGAGCUCGAGGGCAACCUUUCAGCUGCCGGGCACCUGCUGUGUGCCAUGGUGUUCGAGUCAAGAUCUCCUGCACACAAGGAGAAGCAAGGACCUGCUGAACACUUCACAACAGCUGCCAUGGUGGCAGCUGAGGAUACAAGGCCUACUGUGCAGAAAGAGGACCACCUGCAAGCUGAAGCUGACGCCGAACUGAAGGAUGCGCUCCAGGAUCUGGAACAAGCAAUACAAGCCUCCGCUCCUUCAAGACUGCUUGGAGCUCCAGGGGGUGGUGUGGACGAUCCUGAACCUCUGCAGCAGCUCCGUGCAGUGGCUGAGGCAGCACGCCAGAAGCUUGAAAGCCUUGCGGUCGAGCUUCGCGCACGCUACAUGGCUAAGCUUGACGAUGCGUGGAGGACGUGCGAGUCGGACUAUCAACAGCUUGACCGCGAGCUGCGUGAGUUCCACGUGGACGCUUUGCAGCGGCGCUUCAAGGACAUGGAGACUUUGAGAGGGUUGAAGCUCCAACUGUCUCGUUGGCGCUUGGACUAUCAGGAGGCUUAUCACACAGGCUUUCCCGAGGCGGCGGAGGACGUGCUUGCUGACCCACGGCAGCUGCAACAGCGCUUCGAUGUCGCGAGGCGCCUGGUCCGGCAGCUCUGGAAAUCCCAGGUUCCGGCCAGCGAGGCUCACCACUUGUUGGGCCAGGUAGCCAAGGCGGCACCUGGUUCAGCUCUGAAGGUUUACCAUGCUGAGCUCCAGCGCCUGGGAGCAGUUCCCCUGGUCCCACACGCGCGAACGCCAGAGCUCCUGGAGUGCUGGCUGCAAGAGGUCCAUGUGCAGUAA